AUGUCUGGAGUCGAUGCCGCUAGAUCUUCCACCCCAUCCGUCCCGCCGCCUUCCUAUAGUGAAUCAACGUCCCGACCAACAUCUCGCGAGUCCUUGCGUCCAAUAUCCUCCCAGAUAUCCAAUUUUACAAGUGAUGGCCCUAGAUCUCGCCCGCCGUCUAUUGCGCCCCCCUCCUACUCGAACUUAACACCUAGCGCAGCAUUGCACGAACCCGCCCACUCGAUAUCCUCCCAAAUAUCGAAUCUUACGAUUGACAGGACUUUUAUUAACCCGGUCACCGGCUCCUCACCCUCUGAGGUAUAUCCAUCCUAUCAGCUUUCCCACGAACUCGAUGCCGGGUACGGCACUAUCGAAGUAUCGCGCAUCACCCCCUUUACAGAAUCCAGUGCAGAAAGGCGAAACAAGCACAUCUAUUCAUUCACCCAAUACGUCUUUUCUACUACGGUCGAAAUCGUCGGGAAGCGUCGCAGCACACUUCGUGGCACGAUUUAUCUCCGAUUAACCCACUCAUUGCUGAAGCAGAGUUGGGAGAUAUCUCAUCACAAUCCCACGACUGACAAGACCACAGUAUUGUUUCGUACUCGACCAGUGAGAAAUUUACACAAGGAGGAGAAGCUGCAGUGGGAAGAUGGGAGGAGGGAGCUUGUGGCAGUGGAGUCCCAGUCGAGCCCUGAAAGUCCGGGCUGCAAGCCAGGCCUACAUGUGGUGAAAGAGUUGGGUGACCAGAUGGUAGAUGUGUUGGUGACCGGGUGGUGUGCAAAAAUCUGGGUUGGUUGGCAGAUGGUGAUUGCGGAAACUAGAGAAAAAGAGUUGGACUCUUUCCGUCGAAAACUUGCAUAUGGUGGUAAUAUAUUCUCGGUCCGUGAUUUGAAUCCCGGAUCCAACCUCUGGUCCCAAUAA